AAAUAAUUUGAGCGAUGGUCAGCACCGAGCAGAUCCGGAACAAACGGAAAAGGGUGAGCAAAAAGAACAAGAAAUCAUGGAGGAAGAACACCGAGAUACAGGAUGUGGAGAAGUUUCUAGAAGCAAAGCUGCGGGAAGAGCGGACAGGAGGUGCUCCAACGGAUAAGAAGAACAAAGAUUUAUUCUUCAUAGACAAGUCCGACAUAUUCGAGACGUCCAAGUCAAAGUUGGCAUCAAUGAAAUGCCACACUGAACUACAGAUUGACACGAGAGUUGCUCCUGUCGUAGGACGGCUUGGUCCAAGUAAGAAGAAAAAGAAGAAGAAGCCGCAGCAAGAUGUUUCCAUGGUAACCAACUCCGACAACAAGAAGAGUGGUUGUGUGUACGAUAUUUGGGGCGCCAGUAUUGAGAAGAAAAUUACCAAGGAGUUAGACCCCUGUUUACCACCCCCAUUCCUGCCACCAGCUUUCUACAAAGGAUCAGACACCAAACUGAGUGCUGUGGAAGUGCCACAUCCGGGAUCUUCCUACAACCCUACCUUCACUGAUCAUCAGGACUUGCUACAAUCGGCACUUGACGUGGAGGAGAAGAGAGAGAAAGAGAAAGCGAAAGCAACACGUGAUGCUGCUCCUCCUAUUCAAAUUACCGAGGAGGAUUACAUUAAAGAAAUGAGUAUCGGGCUGAAGGAAGUCGAACAUGAAAGUGAAAGUGAGCCGGAAGUUAACGAAGAGGACGUGUGUAAAAGUGGUGUCUACAUUAGAAAAACUCGCUCUCAACGAAACAAAGAAAAAGCCGAGAAAUUAAAGACGGAAGAAGCAGCGGCAGCUAAGGAAACCAAGCAGUAUCUUCACCAAAUCAACAGAAUCAAAGCACUCAAAAAGGAGAUAAGAAAAGAGGAGAACGAGAGGGAGGAGCAGACGUUGGAGAGACAAGCUAAGAAAACCAUAAAUGAGACUAGACCUGGGAAAUACGGACCCGGCAAGUUUAUAGGCGCGGAGCCAGAGUUCCUGCUACCUGAGGAAGUUAGUUCUUCUCUUCGACAACUAGUUACUCCUGCAAACAACGUUCAGGACAGAUUUACUAGUUUCCAGAAGAGAAACAUGCUGGAGAUCAGAAAGAAAGUAGCGCCACACCGUAAGUACAAGCUGAAAAAGGUGGAGAAAUGGAGGAAGAAACUGCCCGAAGAAAUGGACGAGUUGGUUAAAAUGAAAAGGAAGAAGAGGAAGAUUAACAUGACGGAAUAGAAGAGGAAGAUUAACAUGACGGAAUAGAACCUUUCAUUUUUACAGCAAGGAUGACUAACCAAAUAUCCGUUAUUUUUAUGUGGUGUUGAGCUUUUUUAAAGGGUUAUUUUGACCUUUCUUUUAAUUUAAUUUAUUCAGUUUUAGGUCUGAUGUAUACUGGUUUGAAUAUUUUGAAGAUCCGGUA